ACAUGUUUGUGUGCACGCCUUAAACGAUCUGUGUUGUUAUGGACUUGAGUCACAUCUGUAAAACAGAAUGGGUGUGACCCUGUGAACCCUGGUUGCCAGGGAGCGAGCGGUGGGGCCAUGGCUGCUGGGGCUACAGUCGGGGAGAGCCAACUGCAGAGGAUUAUCAGAGAUCUGCAUGAUGCUGUUGCAGAGCUUGCAAAGGAGUACAGGGAAAGUGGGGAGCCAAUCACUGAUGACAGUACCAACCUGCACAAGUUCUCCUACAAACUGGAGUACUUGUUACAGUUUGACCAGAAGGAGAAGACCACAUUUCUUGGUACAAAGAAGGAUUAUUGGGAGUACUUCACUGACUGCCUGGCCAAAAUCAAAGGAGCCAAUGAUGGGAUUCGCUUUGUAAAAUCCAUCACUGAGCUGAAGACAUCUCUGGGAAAAGGACGAGCGUUUAUACGUUACUCCCUCGUACAUCAGCGACUGGCCGACACUCUGCAGCAGUGCCUGAUGAACCAGAGAGUCACAAGUGACUGGUAUUAUGCACGGAGCCCCUUCUUGAAGCCCCAUCUUAGUGUUGACAUAAUCAAUCACCUGUACGAGCUCAAUGAGGUCCAGUUUGAUGUGGCUUCCAGAGGUCAUGAUCUUGAUGCCUCCUGGCCAACUUUUGCAAGGAGGACACUUGGAAACUCGCCUGGCCACAUGUGGAAACCACCAAGUCGCAGUUCCAGUAUAAACAGUCUGGCCAGCACCUACUCCCAGCAAGCCCACGAGUUCCCCUCCAGCCCUGACUAUGGUCAGAAUCUGCUCAAUGACCUGAACGAAUCCUGCACAGAAGAAGCCAGCACAGUUGAUGACCUUCGCCUGGAGCUGGACCAGUCAGAGCUGAAGCAGCGAGAGCUCCUAGAUAAGGUGCGCCAGCUGGGCGAGGAGGCUGCUGAGCUCAGGGAUGUAGUCGUCCAGCUCCAGAGUCAGCUGGAUGUGUCCCUCGCUGCCCAAGAGGAGCAACAGGGCUUGCAGGGAGAUCUGAAUGCUCUGCAGCGAAGAGAAGAAGCCCUGUCCAGAGAAGUGGAAGCACUCAGGACAGGGGGGAAAGCCUGGGAGGCUGAACAACAACUGCUCCAGGAAAAGCUGGCAGCUGCUGAGGGGAAGAACAUAGAGCUCCUAGCCAAAUUAGACGGGGUGCUGAAUGAGAAGGGCCAGCAGGCAACCAGUCACUUUGAUUCAGCUCAAAAGAUACAUGAGUUACUGGACAGGUUGAAAGAGGCAGAGAGAGGGAAGAUGGAUGCUGUAGCCGAAGCAGAUGAGAAGAAGAGACAGGCAGAAAGGCUAGAGGAGGAGCUGAGACUGAAGGAGGCAGCAGCAAAGCAUGGUGAAACAAAACUACAAGCAUCGGUUACAACUGCGUCUGAGGAGAAAGCCAAGUUGGAGGUGAAAGUGGAGGAGCAGUGCAGCGCUCUUGAUAAGCUGCAGGGGGCUUUGACGGUGAGAGAGAAGGAGACGAGCAACCUCCAAAGACAACUGCAGGACCUCCAAAGAUCUCUAGAGGAGAAGGAGAAAGACAUGGAGGAGGUGAAGAGGAGCGCACAACAAGUUAAAGAGGAAAUGCAGAAGAAGGCUGCUGGUUUAAGUGACUCUUUAGGAGCAGAAAUCACUGCCCUUAAGGAGAAGCUGAAGGAGAGAGACGCAGAGCUUACCUCCAACUGCAAGAAACUACAACAGCUAGAAGCCAAGCACCGAAGCCUGAAUACAGAGAAGGACAAACUGACCAGUAACCUCGCUGAGCUGGGGGGAAACGUCAAAGAACAAGUUGCAAAGACAGAAGAAUACAAGACUCAGUGUGGCAAUUUAAUGGAGCUAAAUAAGAAAUUGCUGAAAACAGAGAAAAGAAACGAGGAGCUGAAGAAGGAGAUGGUAGAAAACAGAACGGUGCUCGAGACUGAAUUAGCUGCUCUGAGAGCUUCGGAGAAACAGCUUCGGGGCCAGAUGGACGACACCAAGAUGACGGUGGAUGAAAAAGAGAAGCACCUGCGGGAGGAGAACCGCCAGCUGGAUGAGAGUCUGCAGCGAGCCAACAUGGCCGCAAAGCUCUCAGAGGCAACGACAAAGCGUCUGGAGCAGGAGAACCAGAGUCUGAGGGAGGAGCAGGACACUGUGAAAGCAGCUCUCAGUCGAAUGCAAUCCGACCUUAAGGGUGUUCAUGGGCAGAUCGGGGAGUUGGAGAAGAACUUAGGAGUCUCGCGUAAGAACGAAGCAAGCCUUCAACAACAGCUCGAAGCCAAAGAGGCGCAGCUAGAGAGUAAAGAGAAUAGCCUUGUGGAGCUGCAGUCCAGGUUGAAUGCUGUUGAAACCAGGGAGGAGGAGUUAGAGAUCGCCAAAGCUGAUGCCGAAGCAACUUGUGCUAAACAAACAGAAAUGAUCGAAAGGGUUACCUCAGAGAAGCGAGUGAUGGAGAAAUCUCAGCUGGAGAGGAGCACCAUGCAAGAGAAGGAGAACCAGGAAGUGACGGGGAAACUUGAAUGCCAGUUGGAGGUGUGCAUGAAGGAAGUGUCCAGGCUGCAGGCAGAGAUCCUGGACCUCAGGGUGCGGGUGCAGAGAUCUGAGGAGGAAAAAGUGAAAUCACAAGCACAGCUGGAGGUGACGGAGGCCCAGAGAGAUGAGCUCAGGACUCUGACCGAGCAUCUCAAAGCCCAGACCGAGGCACUGAAUCAAAAGCAUGUAUCAGAGCUCAUGGAGUGCAAAAAGAAAGAGGGGGCUCUCAUUGAGCAGCGUGAUAAAGAAGUAGCCGCCUCUGCAGAGUUGUCUAUCUCUGCCGCUGCCAUCCGUGAAGAGCUGUCCAAACUCAAGGCAGAAAACAGCAGGCUAUCCUCAGAGAACGGCGAGAUACGCGAGGGUCUGCACAGAGCAAACACAGAGAUGGCAGAGCUUGGGAUCACCAUCUGUAAGCUGGGUGCAGAAAAGGAGGAGGCUAAAGAGCACUGGGCAGGCGACGCCGCCAGGAUCGAAGAGAUGGAAAAAGAGGUGGAGCGACUAGAAGAGAGCAUGGCAGAACUGCAGCGGGAGAAUGCCAGACUUAGAGAGGAGCUGACGGAUAAGGAGAAACUUCCAGAGAGCAUCAUGGAGCUCCAGAAGCAGCUGGACAACGGCAAAAGCCAAAUGCAGAGCGCCAAGGAGGCGUUGGAGGCCGCCAAGUUCCACCUGAGCUCAGAGAGCAUGAAUCAUCAGGUCCAGAUGAAGAGCGUUAAUGAGCAGCUGGACACGCUGAAAGGCCAGCUGCAGGAGGAGCAGGAGAAUGUGUCCAGCCUGCAGGCCAAGGUGUCCGAGCUAGAGGCGAUGAACGAGCAGUACUUGCACCUAACUGGCGAGAAAGACGCUCACAUCACACAGACAGAAACAACCAUUCGUGAGAGUGAGAGUGAGAUUCAGCAGCUGAGGGACGCUGCAACCAGUGCUGAAGAAGCCCACUCGGCUGCGCAAAAGGUCUGCGAGGAUUUGAGGGAGAAACUCAACACAACAGAAGCUGAGAGAGAAAACCAGAGCAUGAAGAUGACUGCAGAGAUCGAUGACCUCAACAGGACCAAGGGCAACCUCGAAGAGCGGCUCAUCGAGCUUAUAAAGGACAAAGAUGCUCUGUGGCAGAAGUCAGACGCUCUGGAGUUUGAGCAGAAAAUGCGAGCGGAGGAGCGAUGGUGGUCGGAUAAGGAUACCACGAACUGCCUCGACUGCCAGGGCCAAUUCACCUGGUGGCUACGCAGACAUCACUGCAGGCUUUGUGGUCGGAUCUUCUGCUACUACUGCAGCAACAACUUUGUGAUGACCAAGCACAGCGGGAAGAAGGAGCGCUGCUGCAGGGACUGCUACAACCAGCACAGCGCGGUGGUGGAGAGGUUCACAGAGGCCGAGCUGAGUCCUUCAGACGCUCAGCCUCCCCCACCCGGAGCUGGACCUCAGCCGCCUCCGGAGCCAGCCCCAUAUAAACCCACUCCCAGGGUAACAGUUUCAGAACCCAGAUCCGACGACGGGGUUUUUGACAUAAUCACAGAAGAGGAAGUGAACGGCGUGUACGACAGUGACAACGUCUCCGAGACCACAGGAGGAUCCCUGGAGGGAGAACAACAGCAACAGCCCCCAGGAGCUCUGGAUAUAGGCACAGGAGAUGUGACCCCUGAAGACCAUGUUCCCACUGUUCAGGAUUCGGAAAUCAACCUUCUCAAAUCCGGAGAAGUCACGAUGGCUGUCCCUCUGUGCAUUGACGAUAUUUCUGGGUUUGGUGAAGGUUCCCGGGAGCUCUUCAUCAAAUCCAGCUGUUACAGUGUGAUCACUGUCGCCGUGGGUUACCGUGGGCCGACCAUCAGCUGGGUGUUUUCCUCCGAGCCUAAGAGCAUCUCCUUCAGUGUCGUCUACAGGGAAUCCGCUGAUGUUCAUGUGGAACAGUCAAAGGUCCUGAUUCCUCUGACUCGUUGCAAUUCCCACAAAGAGACAAUUCAGGGGCAGCUGAAAGUUCGAAACCCCGGCCUCUACACACUGAUCUUUGACAACUCCUUCUCACGCUUUAUCUCCAAGAAAGUCUUCUACCAUCUGACCAUGGAGAGACCCAUCAUCUAUGAUGGAAGUGACUUCCCCUGAACACAGAUGAUAUACAGGAUCUCAAAGAUGGCAAAUUCAACGACACUUUAUAAUUAAUAUGAUUUUAUUUGACCUCUUUUUCUCCAAAUAGGUUUUACCCAAGUCUUUAUUUAGAUUUGUUUGUGUUAUUUAAGUCUGUGGUCUUAAUGUUUGUAGGUGUCCUCAUGUUUGAACUCUAGCCCAAGUGAGGUGUUGUCAACAAGAAGGAAAAGGAAAGGCAAAUGUUUUAGUGUGUUUUUAAAGAUGUCCACCAAGUAAUAUACUGUAUGUACUUUAAGUUUGGCUCGUUUAGCUUUGUGUGAUUUAGUUUUUCUUCCUUCCUAAUGUUUGUCAGUCGUACCAUUGGCCACUCUUAUCCCAAAUAUGCUGUUACGUUAGGGAAUUCAGUAGUUUCAGCGUAUGAAAAUAUGAUAGAAGAAGGUAAUGUAAGUAUUUAUUGGAAAAAGACCCAGGACAUUUUGUUUUUUAACAUGCAAAGUAUGGUCAGUUGUUGUGCAAACUUUUAAUGCAACAUUUUCAAAGCAGAAAGGUGCAGACAAAAGGUUUUGCUCCUGGCUUUAUUCAUUCACCUGUCUGAACACUAUGUUUGCACUUUGCCAGCGCAGGAAUAUAAAAAAUCAGGAACUAGAAAAUGAACCGGAAAUACAGUUCUAGUUUAUAAGAAAAACAUCUACACUUUGUGCAGAUCUCAGGAGUGGGGCAUUGGAGUGUCCUCUAUUCGUAGCAAGUCCUUAUUUAAAUGUUUUUUGGGAAGAGAAAGAAGAAAAACUGCCCUCUUAGUUUCUGUGUAAGGAGAAUACAAAUCAGCUUUCUCCAUCCAGUUUAUAGGAUCUCAUUAAGCGGAGUGCCUGUAGCUACUCAGGCUGAGUUGUGUCAUUACAGUGACACCCACUACAGGUAUUAAAAAUGGUCAGCUAAUCAGCUACUGUAAUUUUGAAGUGCCUUUUAUCUCCAUUUGCCAGGGAUUACUUUGCUUUUGUAUCUGCAUGUUACCCAUUGUCAUCGACCUGAGACAUGACACUAGGUCAGAGAUGAUACCAUUCUGUAAAAAUGUAAUUUGAUUGACUUUUAAAACACAAAAUGCACAUUAGCAUUUGUUGUAAGUUCUCCUUUCAUUUUGUUUCUGUUGCUAUCCCUGGAAUCUUGUUGUGAUAUGUUUAGGAAACCCUCUUCACUGCACUCUCGCUGAUGAAAAUAAGAAAUAAGAAAGAAGCGAUCCAGUUCAGUCGAGGAUAAAUCCGUACACUAAAAAAAGCAAGGGCUUACCUCUGUGCUGAUUUUAUAGAAAUCUUUUCUAGCUUCAUAGUGAGAUCUCUUAUAUUUUUAAUGGGUGUAUAUUUGUGCAAUUUCUAUGCAAAGGCUCCUAUUUUCAAUACAGAGCUGCACUUUGUGAUAAUGACUUUAUAAUUUGUUACAAACAAUAUUGAAUCUGUUAAGUUUACAUUGUCUUUGUAAAAGGAAUUACUCAGAUUUUCUACUUGCCGAUUUUGAAGGAUCAGUUUCGGAGGAGUGUAAUAUGCAUGAAUCAUAACUACAGGCACUAUAAUAGACCUGUCAAACAUCCAGCAAACAUGAAUAAAAUGUGCGAGUGAUGACGCCUCUGACAUCCACUAA